GGCAAAUCUCAGUAUAAACUUGAAAUAUCAUCAGCCUUGUCCGUCUUCAUCUCGUUCGUGAUUCAGGUCUUUGUCGCCUUUUGCUUCUGAAAAAUAAAAGUCACACUGGUUUUAGGGAUUGUUUCGGCGUUAUCGCACUUGUAAUUUGUUGAAAUAAACAUGCCGAGGAACGCGAUUUCUGACGAUGAAGAUGAUCAUGAGCUCGAGGAUGAGGACGGAGAGCCAGUUCAGGGAGAUGAACACGGUGAUAACGAUGAUGAAGAAGAUGAUGAUGAUGACGUUGGGAAUGAGUAUGAGAAUGAUGGGUUCAUAGUUGAUGAUGAAGACGAGGAAGAAGAACAAGAAGAGGACGACGGAAGGCAAGAUAGCGAUGAGGAAAGGCAGAAAAAGAAGAAGAGGCGAAGAAAAAAGGACGAAGAUCUUGAUGAAGAUGAUUAUCUGCUUCUCCAAGAUAACAAUGUCAAUAUCCAAAAGAGGAAGUAUAAGCGGUUGAAAAAAGCUCAAAGGGAAAGGGAAAAUGGUCAGGGGGGAUCAUCUGAUGAUGAGUUUGCUGGGAGUGGUGGAGCUAGAAGAAGUGCUGAGGAUAAGAUCAAAGACAGGCUGUUUGAUGAUAUCGAUGAUCCACCUGAUGAUGUAGGCGAUGAGGAAGACCUAGUUGUGGAAGAAGAUGUAGUUGGGAGCGAUGAUGAAAUGGCAGAUUUUAUUGUAGAUGAAGAUGAUGGGCUUGGUCAUCCUAAGAGGGGAGGCUUAAAGAAAAAGAAAUUUAGGCAGGGAUCAGAUAUUAGUGCUAUGCGAGAUGCUAAUGAAAUAUUUGGUGAUGUUGAUGAACUUUUGACUAUUCGCAAAAAGGGUUUGGCAUCUAGUGAAAGAAUGGAAAGAAGGCUCGAAGAUGAGUUUGAACCAACUGUUCUCUCUGAGAAGUACAUGACAGGGCAAGAUGAUGAAAUCCGCCAGCUUGAUAUUCCUGAGAGAAUGCAGAUAUCUGAAGAAAGCACUGGAAGCCCUCCUGUAGAUGAGCUUAGCAUUGAGGAAGAGAGUAAUUGGAUAUAUGCCCAAUUUACUUCUCUACUUAAAGAAUCUGAUGGACAAGGUGUUCAUAGUUUCGAAGGGCGAGGUUUCUCGGUUAACAGGGAUGACAUUGCAAAAUUUUUGGAGCUACAUCAUGUGCAGAAGUUAGAGAUACCGUUUAUAGCUAUGUACCGAAAGGAGCAAUGCCGGAGCUUGUUGGACACUGCUGAUGUUGAUGGUGCCAAUCAAGACAAGAAACCUGAGACUAAGUGGCAUAAGGUCUUCUGGAUGAUUCAGGACUUGGAUAAGAAAUGGCUCCUUCUUCGAAAAAGGAAAAUGGCGUUGCAUGGUUACUAUACAAAACGUUACGAAGAAGAGUCUAGGAGGGUCUAUGACGAAACUAGGCUUAAUCUAAAUCAGUAUCUUUUUGAAUCAGUCAUUAAGUCUCUUAACGUUGCAGAAACAGAAAGAGAAGUUGACGAUGUAGAUUCCAAGUUCAACUUGCAUUUUCCUCCCGGUGAAAUUGGUGUUGAUGAAGGGCAGUACAAGAGACCGAAAAGAAAAUCACAAUAUAGCAUCUGUAGCAAAGCUGGGCUCUGGGAGGUUGCCAACAAAUUUGGGUAUAGUGCUGAGCAAUUGGGACUUGCAUUGUCCCUCGAAAAAUUGGUUGACGAGCUUGAGGACGCAAAGGAAACACCAGAGGAGAUGGCAAUGAACUUUGUGUGCGCAAUGUUUGAAGACCCUCAAGCUGUUCUGAAGGGUGCACGGCAUAUGGCUGCAGUUGAGAUAAGUUGCGAGCCAUCAGUCAAAAAGUAUGUCCGUGGCAUUUAUAUGGAGAAUGCAGUAGUCUCAACAAGUCCAACAGCAGAUGGAAAUACAGUAAUAGAUUCAUUCCAUCAGUUUUCUGGGAUCAAGUGGUUACGCGAAAAGCCAUUGAGCAAGUUUGAGGGUGCACAAUGGCUUCUCAUUCAGAAGGCAGAAGAGGAGAAACUUCUUCAAGUAACCUUCAAGCUGCCUGAGAAUCACAUGAAUAGGCUAAUUAGCGACUGCAAUGAACAUUAUCUAAGUGUCGGUGUUAGUAAGUAUGCUCAACUCUGGAAUGAGCAAAGAAAGUUAAUUCUGGAGGAUGCACUUCAUACUUUUCUUUUGCCAUCAAUGGAGAAAGAAGCAAGAUCCUUGCUGACUAGCAGAGCGAAGAGUCGGUUGCUUUUAGAGUAUGGACAGGCUUUGUGGAACAAAGUUUCUGCAGGGCCAUAUCAAAAGAAAGAAAUGGACAUUAGCUCAGAUGAGGAAGUUGCGCCUAGGGUCAUGGCAUGUUGUUGGGGACCUGGAAAGCCACCAAAUACGUUUGUGAUGCUGGAUUCAUCGGGAGAGGUGCUUGAUGUACUCUAUGCUGGAUCCCUCACAUUACGAUCUCAAAAUGUCAACGACCAGCAACGUAAAAAGAAUGACCAGGAUCGUGUUUUAAAGUUUAUGAUGGACCACCAACCGCAUGUUGUGGCUUUAGGAGCUGUCAAUUUGUCUUGUACUCGUCUGAAGGAUGAUAUUUAUGAGGUCAUAUUCCAGAUGGUGGAGGAAAAGCCUAGAGAUGUUGGACAUGGAAUGGAUGAUUUAAGCUGCAGUUGA